AUGUCCGCCACCAACCACAGCCGCUUGGCGGUUCCUCAGUGGUUCUUCCUCCUUGGCAUCCCAGGCCUGGAGGAAUUUCACCUAUGGCUCUCUAUCCCGCUGUGCCUCAUGUAUGCCAUGGCCCUGGUGGGCAACGUGGUGCUCAUGGUCGCCAUCGCCCUGGACCCUGGCCUCCACCAGCCGAUGUACGUCUUCCUGGCCAUGCUUGCAGCCACCGACCUGCUCUUGUCUUGCACCACGGUCCCCAAAGCGCUCAGCAUCUUCUGGUUUCACUCCAGGGCCAUCUCUUUCGGGGCCUGCCUCGCGCAGGUGUUUUGCAUCCACUUCGUCUCUGCCACCGAGUCUGCCAUUUUGCUGGCGAUGGCCUUUGACCGCUACGUGGCCAUCUGCCACCCCCUGAGGCAUGCGGCCAUCCUGACCCGCUCUGUGAUCCAGAGGAUGGGGCUGGCAGCUUUCCUGCGGGGUUUCUCCGCUGUGGUGGUUCUGGUGUUCCUCUUGCGUAGGCUGCCCUAUUGUGGACACGAGGACAUCCCACACACGUACUGUGAGCACAUGGGGGUGGCGCGCCUGGCCUGUGCGGACAUCACCGUAAAUGUGGUGUAUGGCUUGACCGCUGCUCUGUCCACUUUGGGGGUCGACUCUGUGCUCAUUGGUGUGUCCUACACCCUGAUCAUCCGUGCCAUCUUCCAGCUCCCAACCAAAGAAGCCCGCCACAAAGCCCUGGACACCUGCGGCUCUCACAUCUGUGUCAUACUGAUGUUCUACACCCCAGCUUUCUUCUCCUUUUUCACUCACCGGUUUGGCCACCAGAUCCCCCGCCAUGUCCACAUCCUGCUGGCCAAUCUUUAUGUGAUAGUCCCCCCCAUGCUAAACCCCAUCAUUUACGGGGUGAAAACAAAGCUGAUCCGUGAAGGAGUCACACGACUGUUCUUGGGGAAGCACUUCUGA